UGUAUUUAGUUUCCAUGGUGUAAAAAAACUGUCAGGUAACCAGUAAAAUAUGCAUGUGGCUGUUUUUAUUCAAGCUAUAAAUAUUAUAUAGUCUGACUUUGUAAUGUUACUUCAAGUAUAAAUAUCUUAUUUCCUCUUAUUUGUACUUUUUACUGUGUAGAUCCCAUUAUAACUAGACCUACUAACAGAUAUUAAUUAGUAUAUCUGCAUUUUGAUGAAUUAACAAGGAAUCAUUGUAGGGGUGUAAAACGAACUAGGAAAGAGUGUUGCUGGCAUAUGAAGAUCGGUGGCUUGAGACGUAGACGUCAGCCAGGCGGGGGGUAAUAAAACUCCCAUUCAUCCCGAGGAGGGGCAUAAUUGGCUUGACCACAUCUUGAAACCUCCAUCUAGAGUAGGCUAUAUGAGGCAAUCAUGUACUUCUGCGUUUAGCGUUUGGUGAACUCUAGUCCCACUGAAAUAAUGGGUUAGAAAACUCUACAAACUUGAUGGAUUACAAAGCACAGACUCUCGUUUCAAAACCAAACUGAUUAAAUCCUUGACAUAAGCCAUAAUUAAUGGUGCAAUGAUUGAGUCCAACGUGAGUCUGAGUUGCGCGUGGUGCGCUGGAGGAGGUGACGGGACCAGAGCGCACUUGGAUGAGAAUCUCUCAGAACACAGUCUGAGUCCGACUGGACACUUGGUGGUCGCGGUGUGCCUUGGAUUCGUCGGAACUUUUGGGUUUCUCAACAACACGCUCGUUCUCAUCCUGUUCUGUCGCUACAAAGUGCUGCGCUCGCCAAUGAACUGUCUUCUGGUGAGCAUCUCGGUGAGUGAUCUGCUGGUGUGCGUCCUCGGCACUCCGUUCAGCUUCGCCGCCAGUACGCAGGGCCGGUGGCUCAUCGGACGCGCGGGAUGCGUGUGGUACGGCUUCAUCAAUUCAUUCCUGGGCGUUGUGUCUCUAAUCUCCCUGGCGGUGCUCUCUUACGAGCGCUACUGCACCAUGAUGGGGGCCACACAGGCCGACUCUACCAAUUACAGAAAGGUGGCUAUGGGCAUUGCCUUCUCCUGGAUAUAUUCCAUGAUUUGGACUCUUCCGCCGCUGUUUGGAUGGAGCUGCUAUGGUCCGGAGGGUCCCGGCACCACCUGCAGUGUCAACUGGGCCGCCAGGACAGCCAACAACAUGUCUUACAUCAUCUGUCUGUUUAUCUUCUGCCUUAUUCUCCCUUUUAUGGUGAUUGUCUACAGCUAUGGCAGACUCCUUCAUGCUAUCACACAGAUGAGCAGGAUCAAUACGGCGGUGAGUCGAAAGCGGGAGCAGCGUGUUCUCUUCAUGGUGGUCACCAUGGUGGUGUGUUACCUGCUCUGCUGGCUGCCCUAUGGGGUUAUGGCCCUGCUAGCCACGUUCGGGCGUCCCGGCCUGGUGACGCCAGCGGCCAGCAUCAUUCCUUCUCUGUUAGCCAAGAGCAGCACCGUCAUAAACCCCAUUAUCUACAUCUUCAUGAACAAACAGUUUUGCAGAUGUUUCCAUGCGCUCAUCAUGUGCACCACCCCAGAGAGAGACUCCAGCUUCAAAAACUCCUCCAAAGUCACCAGAACUCUCAGGACAGUGCGACGCGCCAACGGCCAGAAUGUGACCUUCGCGGUGGCCUCAGCUGGCCAUCCUACUAUCUUUGCUCCUAACAGCGGCGGGCAGAAAAGUUCCUCAGAGGGUGAGAAACCAUCCCCUGCUGUGAGCCAGGGCACCAACAGACCUGUUGUCUCUCUUGUUGCCUAUUACAAUGGUUGAGCUCAUACAGUCAGGCCAAACCAACACUAAUACAGUGGAAUUAGAAGUGACGGAGGUCACGGAUUGCAUAAAAAGAAAAGAGAAUUGAUAAGUGGACUGGCCCUCACUGACAGUCAUGUUGCAUUCUAGGGGAAAACACUAAGAAUGGAUAUUGGAAGUAAACAGCUGGAGAAAGGAAUGACGCCCCAGAAGAAGUUUAAAACAUCUGGAUCUAACUGGUAAUUUAGCUGAUGUUUCUUAUGAGUCCAGGAUGUAUAUGUGCUCUCAGAUUUUGGUGAGGUGUCGCUCUCUUUGAAACUGAGCAUGAGCCUGUUUUUUCCUGAUAUUUUACUUUAACAAGGACACUUUCGCUACCAGUACCUUUUCAUGGUUGGACAACCAGUGUAGCACAGAUUGUUUAAAGUGAUGCUUUUGUUACUCUUCUUCUAAUUCUGUUCAACAUUUAGAACAUGUACAACUACUCUAAGCACAUGAAGGCCUGUUUGUGAAUGGAAUGGUUGACUUCAAAAUUAAAAAUGUGCUUAAAAUUUACUUUCCCUCAGGUCAUCCAAGAUGUAGAUGAGUUUGUUUCUUCAUCAGAGCAGAUUUGAAGAACUGUAGCAUUACAUCACUUGCUCACCAAUGGAUCCUCU